AUGUUCGUAGAGUGAAAACCAUUUAUUGUAACAGGAACCGGAUGCGGAAGGAAACCCGCCAUUGAGGCAGAAUUCACAUCGUGAGCUGAACGUUGAAAUUCAUUCAAUUCUAACAACCAAUUUUUCUGUAACCUAAUAGCUCUCGCUUGUAUUUUUUGGAGAGAAUGGCUUACCGAGGACAAGGACAGAAGGUGCAGAAGGUGAUGGUCCAGCCCAUCAACCUCAUUUUCAGAUACCUUCAAAACCGCUCACGAAUUCAGGUGUGGCUUUAUGAGCAGGUGAACAUGCGGAUAGAAGGCUGCAUCAUUGGCUUUGAUGAAUACAUGAACCUGGUUCUAGAUGAUGCUGAGGAGGUCCACAUGAAGACCAAGAACAGAAAGCCUCUGGGGAGGAUCAUGUUGAAGGGCGACAACAUCACCCUGCUGCAGAGUGUUUCUAACUAAAGAUACCAGUAAUGACUGCAGAUCCUGUUUUCUCUUUUUCUAUGUUAACUGCCUGUGAUUUUAUGUCUAAACGUGAGUUUCUUUACAACAUUUGAGAAUAAAAUCGUUGUUUUUCA